UGUCAUGGCCGGUCCCUGCCGUGAGGGUAGUCCCGCUGGAGUCGGCGAGAAGAGGCAGCAGUUUGGGAGCCGCUUCCUGAGCGAUCCGGCGCGCGUCUUCCAGCACAACGCCUGGGACAAUGUGGAGUGGUCGGAAGAGCAGGCCGCGGCCGCAGAGAGGAAAGUCCGGGAGAACAGCGCCGAGCGGGUGUGCGAGGAGAAGCAAGUUGAUUAUGAGAUCAAUGCCCACAAAUAUUGGAACGACUUCUACAAAAUUCAUGAAAAUGGGUUUUUCAAGGAUAGACAUUGGCUUUUUACCGAAUUCCCAGAGCUGGCACCUGCCCAAAACCAAGAUCCCUUGAAGGAUUUGCCCUUGGAGAACAAGAGAAGUGAAGUACCUGAAUAUAGAAGCAGUGAGGACGGACCUGGUUUAAUAAUAGAAGAACAGCACAAGUUUUCUUCAAACAGCCUUGGACACGAAACACAGACACUUCCCGUGGAGGAGAGUGUAACUCAGAAACUCAGUCACCUGGAAAUGUGUGCUGAUGAGUUUCCUGGAUCCUCAGCCACCUAUCGAAUACUUGAGGUUGGUUGUGGUGUGGGAAACACAGUCUUUCCAAUUUUACAAACUAACAAUGACCCGAGACUCUUUGUUUACUGUUGUGAUUUUUCGUCCACAGCUGUAGAACUGGUCCAGACAAAUUCAGCAUAUGAUCCUUCUCGGUGUUUUGCCUUUGUUCACGAUCUGUGUGAUGAAGAUAAGAGUUACCCUGUGCCCACGGAUAGUCUUGACAUCAUCAUCCUCAUAUUUGUUCUUUCUUCGGUUGUUCCAGACAAGAUGCAGAAGGCCAUCAACAGGUUGAGCAGACUUUUGAAGCCAGGAGGGAUGAUGCUUCUGCGAGAUUAUGGCCGCUAUGACAUGGCUCAGCUUCGCUUUAAAAAAGGUCAGUGUCUGUCUGAAAAUUUCUAUGUGAGAGGUGAUGGCACCAGAGUUUACUUCUUCACACAAGAUGAACUGGACACACUUUUCACUGCUGCGGGACUGGAGAAGGUUCAGAACCUGGUGGACCGCCGAUUGCAGGUGAACCGAGGGAAGCAGCUGACAAUGUACCGCGUUUGGAUUCAGUGCAAAUAUCGCAAGCCUCUUCCUUGCCGCGCCGCGGAGAGCGCCUGCUCCUGACGUGAGGCAGCGCCCUGGGCUCUACUGAGGACGCCUACGGCAGUGGCAUGUUGGUGUUAGUUCAGGGAUUCGGGCAGACUCAAACCUUGAAGCCAAGAAAAAUUACUUUUUAUCAAGAUUCUAGCAAUUGUGCUUCAUAUUUGUUAAGAAGCUCUUGAACAUAUACUUUUCUCAAGUGUUUUCUUACUUUGGGAUCUCAAAGAAUCUUUCUUGCCAUUUUGUAAAUUAUCAUAACUGAAUAUUAUUCAUGGGCAUCAUGAAUUUAAAAACCGUCAAGAAUUUAUUUCCAUGUGAACGUAUUAUUUAUGAUAAAGUGUCAUUUGACUGUAAAUUGUAUUAAACUAGUUGGGAAUUCAGAGAUCUGGGCUAAGCCGUGGAUAGAUACAAAGAUGAAUAAACGUCGCAUUCAAUGGUGGGGGAAGCAAGUUGAGAAGAAUCGUCUGUCUUUGGAUGUUUUCCUGUCUCAAAAAUACUGCUUUACAGAGCAUCAGAAUGUGGUGUCCUUGUUAAGAUUUGGUCGUGGUCUCUGCCCUUUGUUCCAUGGAAUUUUAAUUUCUUUUGUUUAUUUUCGGAUGUACAUCAUAAUAUAUUUCGAAUUGUUCCAUGGAAUUUUAACCACUGUUCCCCCACUAAGUAACCUGUGUCUAAAGAACUGAAAAGAUCUUCACUUUCAGUAAAAUUGUCUUAUUUUUUAUUGUGCCCUUAAAUAUUUGACACAAAAAAAUUGAGAACUUUAUUUUGAAGGUGAUCGUCAUCUGUGUUACUUGUUUUUAUGUUCUGCUUUUUUUCCAAUUAUCACUUUUACAUAUUUCCCUCUUGAUGGUCAAGUUAUAUGAUGUAUUCUUAAUUGUACCAAAUAAAUAAUUUUCAGUUAUUCAUUCCUA